AUGCAAAUGAAUGCAACAUCAUUAUAUAAACGUACAGAAGUUAUUGGAAGAGGGAAAUUUGGUGUUGUUUAUAAAGCCCAAAAUAAACAAACAAAGCAAAUAGUUGCCAUAAAAGUACUUAAUCUUGAUACUGAAGAAGAUGAAGUUAUUGAUGUUCAACAAGAAAUCCAAUUUUUAAGUGAAUUGAAAAAUGUCCCUAAUAUCACUCAUUAUUAUGGCUGUAUUUUAAAUGAUACCAAAUUAUGGAUCAUUAUGGAUUAUUGUGCUGGUGGAUCAUUACGAACAUUAUUAAAAGCUGGGGUAUUAGAAGAAAGAUAUGUUGCUGUGAUUGUACGUGAAUUAUUAAUGACAUUAUCGGCAGUUCAUAAAUUGGGAGUUAUCCAUCGUGAUUUAAAGGCUGCCAAUGUAUUAAUUUCAAAAGAAGGUAAUGUUCAAUUAUGUGAUUUUGGUGUUGCUGCCAAAAUAACUGCCAAUUCCACUAAACGUACAACAAUGGCAGGAACUCCCUAUUGGAUGGCUCCAGAAGUUAUACGUACUGGAGACACCUAUAAUAGUAAAGCAGAUAUAUGGUCAUUAGGGAUCACUAUUUAUGAAAUUGCCACGGGUAAUCCACCAUAUUGUGAUAAAGAUGCAUCAUGGGCCAUGCAAUUAAUUUCUAAACUGACUCCACCUCGAUUGGAGGGAAGAGAGUUUUCUCAGGCAUUAAAAGAAUGUAUUGCCUUGUGUCUUGAUGAAAAUCCUGAGGAAAGACCUUCAGCUGAUGAUUUAAUGAAAUGUAAAUUGGUUAAAAUUUAUAAAAAUCAUCCUACAUCAAUACUUAAAGAAGUUAUAUCAAGAUAUUUAUUAUGGAGAGAUCGAAAUUCUUCGCGUGAUUCAGUUUUCAUUAAUUUAGAAAAUGAACAAGAAGAUUCUGUUGAUGAAAUUGUUAAUAAAAAUCUUGAUGGUGGAUAUCAUAAUCAACAGCAACAACAUCAGCAGCAGCAGCAGCAGAAUGAUCACCAAGAUCAUGAUGGACAUAAUAACCAAAUACAAGUCAAAUGGGAUUUCGAUUCUUUGAGUAGUCGAGAAUAUAUUAUGGAAAAUGAUAUUGAUUUGGAUAAAGUUAAUCAACAAUAUAACAACAAUUUUGAUACUCAACAAGGAAACACUUAUUCUACUUUACCAACUUUAAAAGCACCUACCACCAAAAAUAAUACAUUGGCAGCCACAAACCAAAAUUCUAUGACAGCACUGAAAAAUAAUAGCAAGUCUACCACUGAAGUUCCUAAAUCUCUACAAAUGUUGUUUGAAGAUAAUUCAGAGGAACAAGAAGAUUUGGCUCCACCAAAAAGCAAUGUCAAUAUUAUGGAAAGAAUGGAAUCACCAACAAUUGAAAUCCCAGACAUGGACAGUCUUUCACAAUUACCCUCUGCAUCAGCAACAAAUACAACCAACCACCCACAAUUAAACAAACCACCGGCGUUAUAUCAUUCACAAUCGGCUUCUGGAAAUUUGGAAAGUCGAUUUUCCUCGUUGAAUACGUCACCAAAAGAUAAUGGUGGUAGUACUGGCGGUAAUAAUGGCAUAAAUAGACCAAGAAAGAAAACCAUCUCUAAUACUGGUGGGACUGCUAAUGCUCAGUUUCAACAAACAUCAUCAGCUGUACCUCAUACACCACCUUAUACUACACCUGCUUCAGUUCGAACACCAUCACCUAAACCACCAUCUUCUGUCAAUUUGUUAAAUGCCACAAGUAUGAGCAAGACUGGAUCACCAUCAAAAAUGAAAGCAUUACAAUCAAGUUCAAACCCAUUAUUACAACCAAUAAAUAUGAAACUGGAAAAUAUGAAUGCAGGAAUAACUGGUGGUACCGGUAGUCAUCCUCCUAUGCAAGCACCUCCACAAUUGAUUACCCAACAAUCUUUACCUGUUCUUCCAACUUCAUCAUCAACUUCUGCAUCAGUAUCAACAUCUACAACAACAACAACAACAGCUACAUCAACGACUUCUGGAGGAAUGGCAGGUAAUAUGAAAAGUCAACGUAAUAAACCAGGAUUUAUUCAAAUGCCAACUCCAUCUAAUACAUUAAUAAAUAACAUGUCAUCAUUAACAAAUGAUCACCAAGAUGGUGGGAAUAAUGGUGGCGGAGGUGGUGACAAUAAUAAUGUUAAUCAAUUUGGUAUAAACCCUGCUCAAGCAGCUAGUAUGCCUGUAUCAAUGACACCUGUCACUGAAAAGGACCAUUCACAAUUAUUUCCAAACAUUAAUAAUGAUGAAUCUUUAGAAAAGACUAAUAAUGGUAGUGGUAAUAGUAGAUCUCAUCAAAAUAGUUUACUGUCACAAAAGAAAUCGCUUGCUAGUUCAUCAAGUCAUAAUUUGUCUAGUUUAGGAUUUUCAAAUGGUAAUAAUAGUGCUCCAACUACUGCUGCUGCUUCUACUGCUCCACCGCCACCGCCUACUAUGUUUGCAAAUAGAGGGAGUUCAAAUAGUGUUCUGCAACUGCAAGCUAAUUUCAGUCUUAAUGGUGGAGGGGCAACUAAUAAUGGUAAUCCAACUUUUAGUGUGUUCCCAACCAUACCUAAUAUUAAUGGUGAUAUAUUUUCAGAUACAGUUUCCAAACAGAAAUUGGUUAAUGAAUUAGAUGUGAUGAUUACACUUUUCAAUCAAGGAUUAGAAGUUCUUGAAGAGAUUUUAUAG